UUGAUGAUGUGAGUGGAUAAUGGCUGAGAUAUCCACAGAGCAGAUAAGGAGUAGUGGAUCAUCCACUUAUCCUGAUGGAUACCAUCUUCUAGCUCAGCUGAUAUCCACCGAUGGGUUGAUGACUCCUAUCAAAGCCUCCGCUAGAAUCAAGUAUACCUGUAUAGCGGUAUCCAGAAACUACAUAGCUCUUGGGGCUUCAUCUGGAAGUCUCUAUGUCUUCCAUCGGAAUACUCUCAAAUAUCUACAAGCCUUUGCCAACUCGGAAGGUGGACUGACAAAAGUUGUGUUUGCUCCUGAUGACAACAUUGUUGGCAUAGCAACAAGCCAAGGUUUUGUGGUGGUGUUGGAGUUGAACAUUGAGAGACGACUUUCCUCCGAGAGGUUAGCGAUAUCGUCGGCUCAUCGUAAUGGACAGGUUACUGCGAUGAUAUGGGAUGAUUCGAGCCAGCGACUGUUCACUGGUGACGAUCAUGGAAGAAUCACAUUCCUCAAUGCAUACCAUAGAAAGGUCUCUGGAUUAUUCAAGUUACCAACGGAGCUUGUAAUGGAUGCAGAUUCCACUAUUGUCCAAUUGGACUUCUGCGAUGACAAACUACUAGCAUCUACUCUGACAAAAUGCUUCAUCUGCGACACAAAAAAGAAGCAAGCUUAUGCUGUAGGCACCAAGCCAAGGGAUGGCCAAUAUGGUGCUUGCUUCCUUAAGAAACCAACCAAAGACUUCCCAGUCAUCUACUCAGCACGCCCAGGAAGCAGAAUAUGGGAGGUGAAUAUCGUCGGGCAAGUACAGACAACUCAUCAGCUGAAACGUCUCCUAGCUGUGCCAUCUCUGCCAAUACUUGGAUUUGGGCGAACACCUCGUUUUCCUGAUAAAGAUGCAGUUCAGAAACCACAGUCUCUCAGUUUUCAACAACUUCUGACUUUCGGACAUGGAUGUAAUCUUUUGCUGACUUGGACGAGCAAUGCGGUUUAUGUAUUUGAUCCAGCAAACAUAGGUGUGACUGUUUGGUCUGGAGACUUCAAAGAUAUCUUAUGGGCUUGUGUUUACAAAUCUCGCGUCUACUGCCUGCAUUCCAACAAUGAAGUCAGCUGUUAUACACUACUCAGCGCUGAGCGCUGCAUAUCUAAGCUGUUUGCUCUCAGCCUAUGGGAACAGUGCGCGCAAACAGCCGUCCACUUCGCGGAGAGGAUUCAAAAAGGGAACGCUCGUCGGUAUGUUCCACAAACCUUGAUAAGGGAAGUCAACUAUCAGCUUAUGGACGGGAACGCAGACUACACUCUGAUUGGUCAGUUGGAGGAUAUACUUGGCAAAAUGGAGGAUGAUGGGUUGUCGACUCCGGGGAGUAGCCGUCGCAGUAGCUUGGAUUCCUGCGAAGGGGUGCGUUUAGAGUCUGGGAUUUACCUGGUUAGGAAUCGAACCUGCAGUGAGGAUUCUACGGACGAUCUGCCGCUUCUUGUUGAUCGGGAAACUCAGAUGGAUGAUGAGACAUUGAAGUUUGACAGGAAUUCAGAUCAUAAAAAAGAGCAAGAUGCAGAUGCAGAUAGUGGUUCCAGGGUCGAGACUACAAGUUCAGGAGUGAGUGACCACCAUGACGUGGCGCUGGAAACUGGAGUAAGGGUUGAGGAUGAGGUGGAUUGUGUUGUAGAUUCACCGACCGGACCAGCUGGUAUCAGUUGGGACUUUGGACAAGGAAGGCUUACACGCUCUCGUCAAGACUCCAUUCUUGGUGAAAUCGCACAGCCAGCCACAGAUCACGACCAUAUGAACGUACAUGCAUUGGUUAAGGAGGGCGAGUUGGACACCAGUAUUGCAGAAUCUUUAAAUGAUACGCCAUUAACCACCACUGAAGAAGUCAAGGAUCAAGACCUUCAAACAGAUCACCAAGAGGGUAUCCAGAAUCCUGAGUCUACAUUUGGACAAACAGAAAAUGAUCACCAUGGUAACCAAGAGGACUCGACCAAUCAAAAUACAGCAUUCCAGUCAUCAAUACCUGAAGCAAGACCUUGUGAAGACGAUUUGAACGAGUCGACUCAGAGAUUUUUAAACAGCCAUGAUGAUGUGCUACUGACUGAUGCUACAUCAGAGGCAAGCACUUCUAUUAGAAGGAACAGCAACAGAAGUUGUGACACCUUGCAGCAAACAGACCAACUAGAAAUGGGACCUGUUCCAGAACGGGGGCGUACUGAUUCUCAGUCAAAUCAGGAGGAUUCUCAAAUGGGCAGAUGUCCGCAGUCUGGUUCUGAAAAGGAACUCGUUCCAGAACAGCAACCUUUUGAAUCUCAGUCAACUCAAGGGGAUUCUCAAAUGGGCACAUGCCCAGGUGAAGAAUCUUUGCCUACUCCGCAGUCUGGUCCUGACAUGGGACUCGUUCCAGAACAUCAACCUUCCACAUCUCAUUCACCUGAAGAGGAUUCUCAAAUGGGCACAUGCUCAGCUGAGGAAUCUUUGCCUACUCUGCAAUCUGGUACUGACAUGAGACAGAUUACAGAACGGCGACAGUCCGAUUCUCAUCAGUCAAGUCAUAGAGAUUCACAAAUGGACCCGUGUCCGCCAUCUGUUUCUGACAAGGAACCCGUUUCAGAGCAGCAACUUUCUGAAUCUCAGUCAUUCCAAGGGAAUUCUCAAAUGGGUACAUGCCCAGCUGAGGAAUCUUUGCCCAAUCCGCAAUCUGGUACUGACAUGGGACCCGUUCAAGAACAGCAGCCUUCUGAUUCUCAGUUAACUCAAGUGGAUUCUCAAACGGACACAUCCCCAGGUGAUGAUGAGAGAAACCCAAGACCGGCUUAUCUACCAUUUAACUCACUACCACUGGAUAUGAAGAUUCACCAUGCAGCUGAGGGUCAGAUGACCAUUUUCCAAGAGCCAGUGAUUGAAAGUGUAGAGAUUCAAGAAGAAGAUUUUUCUCCAGUCAGGCGACCUUUGACCUCAUUUAAAGAUGAGAAUAAGGAGAGAAAACAAUCCGCAGCUAAAGAGAAAAGGAGAUCCAGGAAAAGCAGAAUCAUUGACCUUGAUGCUCCUGCUGUCAAGCCAACCAGAGGUCCUGCAACGAGCACCCCGACCAAACGCUCUGCCAGUUUGUCCUCUCUACCACCAGCAGUCGUAUCCCCUGUCUCCUCACCUACUAGCCGCACAGAGCCAUUCCCAACCUCCAGGGAACCUGGCUAUUCUAGAUCUGUGAGUUUGACGCAAGAGGGCUGGGCAGGAUCGAGAGAAUAUGAAAGUAAUGAAGAGAAUUUCUGGGCAGCUUCUCCCAUGAUGUUCGCCCUGACUGGACCCAAAGUAGCUGCACAGCUUCUGGCGCCGUCUUUUACUGCUAUGAAAGUGAGCUUAUCGUCAAAGUUGGUGAAAACAAAGACAUUCUUGAAGCAAAUGAGUGAUCCAGAGGCAGGUGUCGCGCAAGUGGAACUCCCCGUCUCUACAGCAACGGAAACAUCCCAUCGGCCAUUCAUUGCAUCUCAAACGUCCCAUCCCAAGUCGACUCCUGGGCUAGACGAAGUAUCAACAAUGCAUCGUCCACAUCGACAGCUCUGCGAGCCAGCUAGACUAACAUUCCAGGUACCUUCCGCAGCUGUUACUAUGCUACCUUUUGAUGAAGGGAAGGCGCUUGCUGAAUAUUGCCACGAGUUGCCACGUGAUGACGGUAUCGGCAGAAAAUUAGCAGCAGCAACGUGGAAAGCCAAACAUAAGCUUAAAGAUCCUUCUCUGGCUCUGAGUGUUAAAGGAGCUUCUGAAGUUCUAGAAAGGUGGUUACAGGAACUCCAGUCUGCACUAGCUACAAAGAGCCACCCUCCCCGGAAGCAGUCUCAUAGUGUAGAAGUAAUGGAUCACAAACCAAGGAACUCCCAGGAUGGCGAACUGACAGAAAAAGAAGACGUUGUCGAAACUCUUGCCACUCCAGCACAAGUUUUGAUAUGUGCCGAUGUUUCACAUCAAGAAAGUACUAAGGAAGAAGCUGAGAAAAAUCAAAGGAGAGAGGUGUUAGGUAGUGAGGAUAGUCCAAGCGAUUCUGAUGAGUUAAUACAAGGAAGGAAUUGUGAAGGAAAUACUGAUCAUAUUGAAGAAGAUAGUAGUAGUAAGGUGUCUAGUUUAGAGAUUGGCAAGGAAGGCAUCGAAGAGGAAGUUGUCAACCACCUGAAGACGUUCACAGAGUCAAUGACUGAGAGCAGUGACGAUUGCCUGCACAGGAAUUAUUCCAGGAGUAGUGUUAACCUGACAGAUCCAUUCGGGCUUCCAACACCAAUUCUAGAUGAUGCGGCAGAACUAGCCAUGCUGUGUUUUGAGCUGGGAGUAUUUGGUAAUGAAAACAUCGCCAAAACAAUCUCAGUCAGCCAAUCGGACAGGCUGUCUGAUAAUGACGGAGAGUCUUCUUCACCUGAAACUGACCAAUCAAGUCCAUCGAUAGUAGACCCUAACAUGAACACUAUUCAAAAAGGCUUAGAGUCGCCAUUAACGGUUAAUGAUCCACAGGAUAGAAUUGAGAGUGUCGCAACAUGUCAAGCAGAGGAGUUCAAAUGUACAACAGGGCGCCAUGAUGCUUUUGAUUCGAGCAUCCCACAGUCUCAGAUAUCAGAAGCGGACUCCGCUAAGAAAACUACAAACUUUGUGAAAUCUCUGUUCUUUUUGCUGGAUGUGGAGAGACUUAGGAAGAUACUAGAAUCAAGAGAAGACUGCAGACAUCUAACUAUGGCAGCCAUCUUGGAGUGCGUGGAACUGAGUGAGGAAGGGAGUUUGUGUGAGACCAAGGACACCAGACUAAUUGAUGUAGUCAAAAAGAACUCACUGAAAGGGAAACCUCUCAAUCUCAUUCAUAUUCAGAGGUUACUGGCGUGUGGUGAAUGGAACGCGUGUGGUGAGUUAAUGGUUGCAUCUUUCCCUAGUCUCCCAGCGUGGGAAGUCAUGUAUUUGACUCAAUCUCAUCAGAUUCCAUCAUCAUGCUUCUUAGAGUACGCCAUGGCAUUAUUGGACACUAUGGACAUACUGGACAGAGACACAAUGCUGAACUCAAUCUGUAGUGACAUUGAGGUCAGAUGUCAUUUAUUGACCUCUGCCCUUUCCCAGGAUGCACCUUCCUCCAUGGAGUUGUUCUGCACAUGUGGUCGCAUGCCCAGGCCUGGCGCUCACAUGAAGGAAUGGCGUCACAGUGGACUAGUGGAAGAUAUAUUGGCAUUGCCAACCACUCAUAAGACUAGACUACUUGAAGUGUGCUGUAAACAUGGAUACUGGCAUGGUGUUUUGAAACUCUGCAUAGACAUAAAGGAGAGGGGGCAUGCCAUCAAGACUGCCUUACAACUUACGGAUAUGGAACUGUUAUCCAAAAAAGGAAUUCUAUCAAGGACAACUGAUGAGUGGUUACUUGUGCUGCAUUCAAUGAGCAUCUUGCAACCGGACUCCACCGCCUUCCACUGUGUAGAAUGCAAUGCAAGGCUCCUGACUAAGCAGGGCCCUCAUUGGUCAGCUUCCACAGCAAGCCCAUCAGAGGAGGUUUAUGAUUGGUCACUUGGAGACAGCUCAUCAAAACCUGAGUGUGAUUGGGCGGUGGGGGAUCCCCAAGAUGUAAACAAGGGUCAAUCUGAUUGGUUGCCAACAGUCACAUGGGAGAGUAUUAGCGUGCUAUUGGUCAAGUGUGUUGGUGCAGGAUUAGCCGUUAAGAUGUUGCUUACUACUCGGUUGCCGUCAGCAGGGUUGCCUCAAGAGUUCUAUAGAAACUGUAUCUUGACCAGCAUCUUGGAAAAACAAGAGAGGGUAAAGUGUCUUGAUAUGCUGGAAGGACUUGAUACGUAUCUAUGGUCUAAUCGUAAUAAGAUGAUAGCGCCCUCGUACAACCAUCAGAUAGAGGAAGAAUUCAACCUGAGGAAUACGCAUCAGGAAUCUGACAUUAAGAUAGCAGAUGAGAUGGCUAAGCGAUAUGAAGGACCAGCGCAGUUUACUGAGGAUCCAGAUUGCCAGUGGGGUACUCAUGUAGUUUUAAACAGCGAUUGCGAGGUGUGUGGCAUAGCCCUAUCGUCCCCAGUUUCUACACAAACCUCUGGUCUGAUUGCAUUUCCCUGUGGUCAUUCAUUCCACCGUGUCUGUGUAACUGAAGAGGCUUGUGUUCUGUGUUACGAGCUCAACUGCUACCAAUCUGUCAUUGGCAGCCACAGGGUGGCAGCCACCAUGUGAUGUACCACUAGAAAGCAAGCCAUUAUUGGCAGCCAUAGAGUAACAUCCAAUGAAAUCUCCAAGCCGUCAUUGGCAGCCAUAGAGUAACAUCCAAUGAAAUCUCCAAGCCGUUAUUGGCAGCCAUAGAGUAACAUCCAAUGAAAUCUCCAAGCCGUCAUUGGCAGCCAUAGAGUAACAUCCAAUGAAAUCUCCAAGCCGUUAUUGGUAGCCAUAGAGUAACAUCCAAUGAAAUCUCCAAGCCGUUAUUGGUAGCCAUAGAGUAACAUCCAAUGAAAUCUCCAAGCCGUUAUUGGUAGCAAUAGAGUAACAUCCAAUGUAAUAUUGUACAAUACUACACGCCGUUAUUGGUAGCCAUAGAGUAACAUCCAAUGUAAUAUUGUACAAUACUACACGCCGUUAUUGGCAGCCAUAGAGUAACAUCCAAUGUAAUAUUGUACAAGACUCUAAGCUGCUAUUGGCAGCCAUAGAGUAACAUCCAAUGUAAUAUUGUACAAGACUCCAAGCCGCUACUGGCAGCCAUAGAUUAACAUCCAAUGUAAUAUUGUACAAGACUCCAAGCCACCAUUGGCAGCCAUAGAUUAACAUCCAACGUAAUAUUGUACAACAAGCCGUUAUUGGCAGCCAUAGUGUAACAUUGUACAAUACUACAAGCCGCUAUUGGCAGCCAUAGAGUAACAUCCAAUGUAAUAUUGUACAAUACUACAAGCCGUUAUUGGCUACCAUAGAGUAACAUCCAAUGUAAUAUUGUACAAGACUCCAAGCCGUAAUGGGUAGCCAUAGAGUAACGUUACAUCCAAUGUAAUAUUUGUUAGGAGACUUUAUCUUUAGGAUUCCAAAGGUUGAUGUAUGAGAUUAUAUUUGGUGAAAUACGUCCAAUUAAAUGUUAUAUUGGGUAUGUUAAAGACACUGGACACGUUUGGUUAUUGUCAAAGACCAGUAUUCUUACUUGGUGUAUCACAA